GCGUGGCAGCAAGUGUGCAAGACCUUCGUUUGGAUUUUAAUUAUUAUUUAUUAUAGCUGCUGCCACAAAAGCGCCUGGUUGGCUUGUGCGUCGUGAAUGUUUAGAGAGUGUGCUCUGCAAGUGUGUUUGUGCUUUGCCUGUGAAAAAUCGAAGUUUUUGCAUUGCGCAGCAUUUUGCCCUCCCCUCAGCCCUAUUUGACAAGGAAUUCCACGCUGAUGAUUGCCCAUUGAGACACAAGGUUUCCAAAUAAAUCACUGAGAAGAAACCCCAGGCAGACCGACCCCACAUCAUGGCCGAGGAUACGGAAUACAAGAAGCUGCCGGUGGAAGAGCGAUGCGUGCACAAGCUUUGGAAGGCCCGCGUCGAUGGCUACGAGGAGGCGGCCAAGCUCUUCCGCGAACUGGACGACGAAAAGUCACCGGAAUGGUCCAAGUUUGCGGGACUCAUCAAGAAAAUGGUUGUGGACUCGAAUGCUUUGGCCCAGGAGAAGGGUCUCGAGGCGGCGCUUAUAUUUGUGGAGAACAGCGGCCUCGCCGGUCGCACCGUCGGCGAUGUGAUGUCAGGCAUUGUCCAGAAAUGCAUUGCCGCACCGAAGACCAAGACCAAGGAGCUCUCGGUUCUGGUCACGCUCAUGUACGUGGAGAUUGAGAAGCAGGAGGCUGUCGUCGAAGAGCUAGUCAAGGGCAUGGACCACAAGAACCCCAAGAUUGUGUCGGCCUGCGUGGCAGCCGUCACAUUGGCUCUGCGAGAGUUUGGCAGCAAAGUUGUGGGCGUCAAGCCGCUGAUCAAAAAGCUCGCUCCCCUCAUGUCCGAACGCGACAAGGCGGUGCGCGACGAAGGCAAGCAGCUGGCGGUGGAGAUCUAUCGCUGGAUCGGGGCCGCCAUGAAGGCACAGAUCGCCACCUUGCCACAGGUGACACUCAAAGAGCUGGAAGAUGAAUUUGAGAAGCUCAAAGGGGAAAGGGCAGAGCCCUCCAGAUAUCUCAAGUCACAGCAGGAGAAGCAGGCAAAGAUUGCAGAGACUGCGGCCAGCGAGGAUGUGUACAAUGAAGAGGAUGGAGAUGCUGGGACUGAAGAAAUGGAUCCCAUGGAUCUGCUUGAUCCUGUGGACAUACUAUCCAAGAUGCCCAAGGACUUUUACGAGAAACUCGAGGAGAAGAAGUGGACUCUCAGGAAGGAGGCUCUAGAGGCUUUGGAGAAACUGCUCACAGAUCAUCCGAAGCUGGAGAGCGGCGAGUAUGGGACUCUGGUGAACGCCCUGAGGAAAGUGAUUACCAAGGAUUCCAAUGUGGUACUGGUGGCCCUGGCUGGCAAGUGCCUGGCCAUGUUGGCCAAAGGAUUGGUCAAACGCUUCUCCAACUAUGCAUCGGGCUGUGUGCCGUCGCUGCUAGAAAAGUUCAAAGAGAAAAAACCCAAUGUGGUGGCUGCUCUGCGUGAGGCCAUGGAUGCCAUUUACAUGUCCACAUCGCUGGAGGCCCAGCAGGAGGCCAUUGUGGAGUCCCUGGCCAACAAGAAUCCGACCGUCAAGUCUGAGACGGCUCUCUUCCUGGCCCGCGCCCUGUGCCGCACCCAGCCCACGGCCCUGAACAAGAAGCUGCUCAAACUGAUAGCCACCAAUCUGGUAAAGACCCUUAAUGAACCGGAUCCCACGGUGCGCGACAGCAGCGCCGAGGCCCUGGGCACCCUCAUGAAGCUGGUGGGCGAAAAGACGCUGGAGCCACUACUGGCCGAUGUGGAUCCCCUCAAGAUGAGCAAAAUCAAGGAGUGCUACGAAAAGGCAGAGAUCAAGGUGAAGAUUGUCGGCCCCAAAAAAGAGACGCGUCCAGCCUCUGCCCCGCAAACGAAGGCUGGGGGAGCAGCCAGACCCACGGCAGGCAGUGCGGCACCAAAGGCAGUGGCACGACCCGCCACUUCGGGGGCACGCAAGUUAGUCAAGAAGAAUCCUGCAGCCGCAGCUCCGGCUGCUGCCGCUGCCUCCAAGGCAGCAAAUGCCAAGGCGCUGGCCACCGAGCGUGAUAUGCCCGCGGAGGAGGUGCAGGACAAGGCGGAGGAGAUGCUGCCAGCCGAAAUACUCAGUGGAUUGGUGGACUCCAAUUGGAAGACGCGCCUGGCUGCCGUGGAGCAGCUGUUGGGCGAAAUCCCCAGCUACGAUGCCAAGCAGCCGGGCAUCUCCCAGGUGCUGGUGCGCACCGUCAGCGGUCGAAAGCCCGGCCUGAAGGAGAUGAACUUCCAAGUGCUCAAACUGAAGCUGGACAUUAUACGCAGCGUCGCGGAGACCUAUCCCCUGACCACCAUCACCGUGGAUCAUGUGAUCAACGAGAUCACGGAGAAGCUGGCCGAUGCCAAGAACGGACCAGUCGCCGGCGAUGUCCUGUCCGCCUUUGCGGAGGCCACCAAGCUGGAGUACGUUGUGGGCAAGGUCCUGGGCUUCGCCUUCGAGCAAAAGUCCCCGAAAGUGCAGUCGGAGGCAUUCAAUUGGGUGGCCAAGGCCAUUACGGAGUUCGGCUUCCAGAUGCAGCCGAAGCUGCUGAUCGAGGAGGUGCGCAAGGGCGUGCAGAGCACCAAUCCCACGGUGCGUGGUGCCGCCAUCCUCCUGGUGGGCACCAUGUCCAUGUACACUGGCCAGUCCCUCAUGAUGUUCUUCGACGGCGAGAAGCCCGCCUUAAAGGUACAAAUUCAGACGGAGUUCGACAAAAAUGUGGGCGAGAAGCCGCCGCGUCCAGUGCGUGGAGCACAGCGUGGGAGCGGUGGCGCUGCCGGCACUCCAGAAGGCGGCGACGACGACGACGAGGCUGGCGGUCAGGAUGAGGAUAUGGCCUGCAACAUGGCGGAUCUGCUGCCACGCGUCGACAUUGCACCGCAGAUCACGGAGGCGCUGCUCAAGGAAAUGUCCGACAAAGACUGGAAGAUGCGUAACGAGGGACUGACUAAGCUGCAGACCAUCAUCUCGGAGGCGCGGCUCAUCAAGCCAUCUAUCGGAGACCUGGGCCCCGCCUUGGCCCACCGUCUCGUGGACUCGAAUGCGAAGAUUGCCCAGACGACGCUCUCCAUCUGCGAGCAGCUGGCCAUCGCCAUGGGCUCGGGGUGCCGCAAUCACGUGCGCACCCUCUUCCCGGGCUUCCUGCAUGCCCUGGGCCAUGGCAAGGAUUUCGUGCGGGCCGCCGCCCUCAGCUGCAUCAAUACGUUCGGCGAGAAGGGCGGCUACAAGGAGUUCUUCGAGAGCGAAAUGAUUGCCGAUGCCCUCAAGGGCCCUUCAACAGCUCUCAAGGUGGAGCUGUGGGCGUGGUUGGCGGAUAAACUGCCGGGAAUACCGCCCAAAACGAUUUCCAAGGAGGAUUUGAACUCCAUGGUACCGCAGCUGUAUGCCCACAUCUGCGAUCGAACGGCGGAUGUGCGAAAGAACGCCAACGAGGCGGUCCUUGGGAUAAUGAUUCACCUGGGAUUCGAGGCCAUGAACCGGGCGCUCGACAAACAGAAGCCCGCCUCGAAGGCGGCCAUACUGGCGUCCCUCGAAAAGGCGCGUCCCAAUCUGCCCGUCAAGCCGCUGCCCAAAGGCAAACAGCAGGCGCCAAUACUCGAGGAUUCCGUCAAGAAGACAGUCCGUGGAAGAGGUGCCACUGGAGGGGCUGCAGCCCAGAAGGCGCCCAAUGCCAGGGCCACUGUCGCAGGCGAGAAGGCGGCGGUCCCAUCGCGAAAGAAGGAUGAAGAUGUAGACACGUCGCCCCUGCUGGCCGUCAAUACGGCCAAGAACCAGCGACUCCUCGACGAGCAGAAGAUGCGUGUCCUCAAGUGGACCUUCACCACGCCCCGCGAGGAGUUCAACGAACUGUUGCGCGAACAGAUGACGGCAGCGAGCGUAAACAAGGCUCUAAUGGCCAAUAUGUUCCACGAUGACUUUCGCUAUCACUUGAAAGUCAUCGAACAGUUGAGCGAUGAUUUGCCCAGCAAUGGCAAGGCCUUGAUCUGCAAUCUGGAUUUGAUACUCAAGUGGCUGACGCUGCGCUUCUACGAUACGAACCCUUCUGUCCUGCUCAAGGGUCUCGACUAUCUUAUGCAGGUCUUCCAGAUGCUCGUCGAAGUGGAAUAUAUCCUCGGGGAGAACGAGGCUGCAAGCUUUGUGCCUCAUUUGCUGCUCAAGAUUGGUGAUCCCAAGGACACUGUACGGAAUGGCGUGCGUCGCGUCCUGCGUCACGUACUGUUGGUCUAUCCUUAUUCCAAGAUCUUCCCUUACGUUAUGGAUGGCCUCAAGUCAAAGAAUGCCCGCCAGCGCACCGAGUGCCUGGACGAACUCACCUUCCUGGUCGAAUCGUACGGGGUGGGAAUCUGUUCGAAUGCCUCCAUCAAGGACAUCUCUCGCCAGAUCUCCGACCGCGACAACUCUGUGCGCAAUGCGGCCCUCAACUGCAUGGUGCAGGUGUUUUUCCUCACAGGCGAGAAGCUCUACAAGCAGCUCAACCAUCUUAACGAAAAGGAUCUCUCAAUGCUGGAUGAGCGCAUCAAGCGGGCCAAAAAGACAUACAAACCGCCAUCGACUGCACCCGCAGAAAUGCCAAGCGGUGGGGGAAAAGUGGCAGCCCCGACUCGCCCCCAGCGGCAGGAGAGCAUCGAGAUCGAGGACGUUGUGGUGGGCAAUGGCUACGGGGAUGAGUUGCCGCCGCCAAGCGACGGCAAGCAGCGAGAGAGCAACCAAAUGGAGGGAAAUAGCACGAAUGUGGCGGCCUAUUUAAACUCUCUGACUCGACACGCCACCUUCGACAGGGCACCGUCCUCACAGCUGCUCCAGUUGCAGCAGCAGUCCCAACAACAAAGGCCCAGUGGACCCUUUGGCUUGGACCCAGAGGUGAUGGCUGAAAUCGAGAAGGAUCGGGUGCGCGUGGAUGAUAUAAAAUUCAAGCAGCUGCCGUCCGUGGACAUAUCGCUGCUGUACGAGCCCAUCAAGGUAAUACCCACUCGCGAAGGCGUCUAUUAUCCACAGGAUAGGUUCGAGCGCCUCAUCACAGGCCAGCUCUACAAUGCCAGCAUGGCCAGCGGUAAUUCGCCCUAUCGCAGUCUCCUGCGCAACCAGCAACAGCAGCACCAGAACCACAUGGAGAACCAUAUUCCCAACCUGGCUUAUGUCCUGCCCAAGCAUGAUCCACAGCUGGUGAAGGUGAUCAAGGCUGUCAGCAGCAUGGACACCAUGAAGGCUCGGGCGGCCAUUAACGAGCUGGCGGACAUUAUUGAGUCGCCCGAGAAGCAGGCCGUCCUGCGCGACUAUGAUGACAUAUUCAUACAUAACGUGCUGGAACAGCUGAAGCAUCUUUCACAGCAGCCAACGGCGCAGUCUUUGGUGAUGUACCAGCCGCUGUUGUCCAUUUUGUAUACGUUUUUCCAUGCCAACAUUCUGGGCAAAACACUGGGCGUGACCUACAUCAAGCAUCUGAUGUCUGCGCUGCUCCAUUUGAUGGCCGAUCCCAAGUUGGCCAACGGCCAGGACGGCGAGUACAACAAGGUGAUCAAUAACAUCUGUUUGAAAGUGCUGGACAAGGUUAAUUUCACGAAUUUAAAUUGUGCUCUCAUCCGUUUGCUGCGUGAAACCUGCCCGGUUGCUGGACUCCCCAAAUUCACGGAUCUGCUGAUGAAAUGCAUUUGGCGGACUGUCAAGAUGCUGCCAGAGCGCAGCAAUGAGCUGAACUACGAUGACGUGAUAUUGGAGGCGCACGAAUUCAUGCUGGCACUGCCCAGCACCUGGUGGCAGAACCGGCCAUCGGACACGCCGCUGCGCACAGUCAAGACGAUUGUCCACAACAUUGCCAAGGUGAAGGGCAAUGCCAUACUGCAGCAUCUCAAUCAGAUACCCGUACACUCGGAGUUGCACACGUAUUUGAUACGCAUCCUGAAGAAUUUCCAAAAGGAUGGCUCUUUGGUAGGGACGGGUGCCUCGCCACAAAGAGCCAAGGAGAUUGCUUCGAAGCGUAUCUCGCAUCAAACCCAUGACACAGUAUCGCAAAUCUUUAAGCUUAUCUCCGACAGAGACACCAAGCAGCAAGGACUGCAGAAGCUAUACGAUUUUAAGCAACAAAAUCCAGAUAUAGAUCUGAGCACCUUCCUGCAGGGCUCCAGCGCCACUUUUCACAAGUACAUUGAGGAGGGUCUGGCAGAAAUCGAGCGCAGUCAGAAUGGAAUGCCCGGCUCCGCUGGACAGGCGCCGGACAAUCGCUUGGCUGCUACACGUUCUUAUCUCACAGAUGCCAAUCAUCAGAAUCUGAAUCAGAAUCAGAAUGCUGCCGGCGACCGUGAUGCCGACUACUGGAUGGACCGAAUGCAGAAUUUGAUUGGUCAGCGUGUAGAUAUCGGUGUCAGUGGAAAAAUGAUGUCCACGCGCCAUAUCUCAGACGAUGGCUCGCGCGUGAAGAUGGACAAUAAGGUGGCCGAAGAGAAUCUCUGCUUAAACUCGGGCUUGGGCUCCCAGAAGGCUUCGCUCAUUCGACGAGAGAAACCCGAUGUCUCGCCGAAUCGCUUGCAGCAUAUCCAGGCAAAGCUGGCACAGAUCAAGAAGGAGAGCCACGCCCAAUAGGAGUAUUAUACCACACUCCACACACAGAUACACAUAUAUGGAGAUCUAUAGCUAUAGAAAAAACAUGAACAGAGAGAGAUUGAGAGAAGAAAAAAGAUGACGUCGUGAUGGCCGUCUUCAAUUAAAUGAAUCAUUAUUAUUUAACAUUAGUUUUAAUAUGCGCUUAUGCACACACCGCACCCGAUAUACAUAUAUAUUCACAUACACAUGCUACAGAUACAGAACAGCAGAAGGGCAGCAGAUGUAGAUUCAAAGGCAGGUUAACAAGUAACAAUUAAGAAUAAUUAACAGACGCGUACUACAACUACUACUUACUAUUUACUACACUAAUCCAUAUAUCCUCCUGCUACAUCAUAAAGCCACAUACUAUAUAUAUAAAUUGUACUUGUACUAGCGCUUUCGAUUGGAAUUAGAUUGAUUUGUUGGUGAGCUGCAGCGCGAAGCAAAAUAGCAACAGCAGCAGCAUGUUUAAAGAUUUUAAAACCUUGUUUUGUUGCCUCGAUUAGGAUCGAUUCUUGUUAUCGUCUGGUUACGUUUUCUGAUUCCAUAAUCCAUCUGUUUCCGACCUAAGUUAUACUUUUAAAUCUUAAUUUUUAGCCUGUAGCAGCUACCAUUUAACCAAAAUUUUAGUUUAAGCUUCAUUCAGCUGAAUCCCCCAGUUACACACAGUCACCCACCCCCGAUCCCCCCAUCACCUCCGAUCAUCACACACUCGUCAGGCAUAGCACGCGCGUGCGUAUUUUUGUAACACAAAAUCCUCUAUCCUAUCCAUGAAUUAUAUGCGAAAAUAAAUGUUAUAUUUAUAAUUCAACUAA